AUGUAUAAGAUAUUUAAAUAUUUCUUAUUACUUGUAGCUGCUCACGCUUUAAAUCUAGCAGUGGGACAAGAGAUGGAUUUUACUCCAGCUGAAGAGGUUCAGUUAGAUUUGUUGGAUAAAUAUUUUACAAAGGAAGAGAAGCAAAAGAAAAUGCUUAUCUGCUUUGAUUUGAGUCAAAAGGAGUUUGUGGAGAAACGCAAUACAUAUCAAAAACUAGCUAAUACUUUGGCUGGAGAAAAGGGUUUAAAUGUAAACGAUGCACUUCGAGCACUAUUUCAUGAAACUCUUGUAGCAUGCUAUUUCAAUGCUCAAAAGAACGAUAUUGAAGCUGGGAUAUUAGGCAAACUUGUUGAUGAGGACAAAACAAGACUAUUUACACUAACAAAUAGCACUCCCAAACGUUUUUCCAAUACUCAACUUCAAAUAUUAGAAAGCAUAAUAACAGCUACUAAUAAGAAAACAUCAAAUAUCCUUUCUGGAAGUUUCCUUAGCUACUUUACUGGUCUCUACGGAUAUAUAUACUUUUUUUGCACAAUACUACUCAUUAGUCUUGGAUUCUACUAUGCAAUCACUUCUCUAAGGAAGCUGCAGGAAAGAGAAACUAAGACAAACAAGAAGAAACAGAAGUAG